AUGGAUAUAAAUAAUAAUAAUAACAAUAACAAUAAUAAUAGUGACUCUGAUAGUGAUAGUGAUAGCUAUACCUAUAGUAGUAGUAGUUACUCAAGUAGCGAUGUAUCCGAUAGUGAUGACGAUGCCUCAUCAUUAUCUGAUUCAGAGUCUUAUAAUAAUAACAAAAAUAUCAAUAAUAAUAAUAAUGUUCAAUUACAACAACAACAAGAGGUUCUGCAGCAACAACAACAAUUACAAUUGCAAUUGCAACAUCAACAACAAUUACAAUUACAACAACUUCAGCAACAACAGCAAUUACAAUUACAAUUACAAUUUCAACAACAAGCGGCUGUGACAACCACAUCUAGUUCAACGCCUACUUCAACAUCCACAUCACCACAACAUAAAUAUAAACAAGAAGGAUCUAAAACAGUUCAUAUGAAAACGUCUACAUCUGCUACCAAUUCAACAACAACAACAGCAGCAGGAUCAAAGAAAAAGUCGGGUACCGGAACUACCACUAGAAUGCCAUGGUCAGAACAAGAACAAUAUCUAUUUAUUAUGGCGUAUAAGCAAUAUGGAAAAGACUAUAAGAAAAUACAAGAAUCAGUACCAACAAAAACCACAGAUCAAAUUAAAUCACAUUUUCAGAAAUUCAAUGAUAAACUUAAAAAGAAUAAUCAAUCAUUAGAUGAUCAUAUUGCAAUGUUAAAUAACAAUAAUAAUAAUAAUGUUAACUCACCUAAAAUUAAAAAUAAUAAUAAUAAUAAUAAUAAUAAUAAUAAUAAUAGAUUAAAUGUUAAAAGUAAACAAUCAUCAUCAUCAUCAUCGUCACCAUCAUUAUCAUCUUCAACCAAUUCAACAACAACAUCAUCACUUUCGUCUUCAAACAAUUCAGUAAAUUCAACAUUACCAUCACAUAAUACACCGUGGAGUGAUGAAGAACAUAAUCUAUUUUUAGAAGGAAUGAAAAUAUAUGGUAGAAGUAAUUGGAUUGAUGUUGCCAAGUUCAUUCAAACAAGGAAUUCUGGUCAAGUAAAGAAUCAUGCUAGAAUAUUCUUUAAGAAACUGAAGGAUGCUGGUGAAAGUUUAGAUCAAUUCGAAAAGAAGAAAAGAAAACAACAAACAAAGUCAACAAAGAACAACAAUAAGAGAAGUGAAUCAUUGGAGUAUUCUGAUUCUGAAGAAAGUGAAAUUGAUAAUAUUAAGAAUAAUAAUAAUAAUAACAGUAGUAGUAAUAAAAAUAUAAAAACAAAGACAACAACAACAACAACAAUACCAACACAAACACAAACAACAAAAAAGACAACAAAAUCUAAAACAAAGACAUCAUCAACGACAACAAAGAAGAAGAAACAACAGCAACAACAACAACAACAACAACAACAGGAUUCAGAUGUAUCUGAUAAUGAAGUUGUCAUCGAACACAAUGAUCCAAUUGAACAUUGUGUCAUUGAACAUACAGAUCCUUCCGAUAUCAACAAACAAUCAAAUAGUAACAACAACAAUAUUUUACCAAUAGUUGAAGAAGAUAUAGAUAUUGAUAUUGAUAUAGAUACCGAUGAUAAUAAUAACGAUACUAAUAGUAAUAGUAAUAAAAACAAUAAUAGUAAUAAUAAUAAUAAUAAUGUAAAUAAUAAUAAUAAUGUAAAUAAUAAUAGUAACAAUUUAAAUGAUUUCAAUUAUGAAGUUGGAUAUUCAGAUAAUAGUGAUAAAGAUAAAGAUAAUAAUAAGAAUAACAAGAACAAUAAUAAUAAGAUUAAUGAUAAUAAUAAUAAUAGUACAGUUAGUAAUAAUAAUAAUAAUGAUGUUGAUGAUGAUGACGACGAUUAUAUAGGUAGUCAUUUGUUAGAGGAAAGAAUAUUGCUAAAGGAUGAGAUUGGUGAGGAUGAGAUGUUGGGAUGUCCAGAGUUUUUUAGAGGUACACCUACAAAGACACCAGAGAGAUAUUUGAUGAUUAGAAAUGCGCUGGUAGCUCAUUGGCGACGUGUAAAACCAAACUAUCUGACCAAAACAAUCGCAAGGAAGCAGAUCACUCAUUGUGGUGAUGUCAAUGCCAUCGGUCGAGUUCAUCAAUUUCUAGAGUCAAUCGGUGUAAUCAAUUUUGGUUGUUCAAGUGCUGACAAACCAAAACCAAAGAAGAAACAACAACAACAACAACAACAAUCAUCUGUAAAUAAUAACAAUAGUAAUAGUAGUGAUAAUGAUUAUGAUAAUGAUAGUGAUUAUCAUAGUCAUCAUCAUCAUCAUCAUAGUCAUGAUUCAAUCGGUCAGUUUGAAAAGUUUGACUUUCUAUCGGUGACAGGCUCGAGAAAGAGAAAGGUACUGCUCAAUGGCGAUUGGGUAGAUGAAGAGGAAGCCGCUAUGAAACAAGCUCUCUCAUUGCUAAGCGGUGGAAACAGUAGUGGAAGCGGUGGUAGUGUCGGUGACGAGCAUGGCGCUGUCGGUGUACCUCUGUUGAUCACCUCGAAUCCAAGAAAGAAGAGAACCGUUCGUAAGAGUAACAGUGCAUCUGGCAACAACAACAACGCAAACGGUGGAAGUGAAUACGAUGACUAUCUUUUAGAUCCAUUUACAUUGAUAGAGUGUUUAAAGUUCAAUGGUAACGACGAUGAUGACAAUAACAACAACAACAACAACAACAACAGUAGCAGUAGAUCUACUACACCACCUUUUACUCUUGAUAUCAGUACAAAUGCACUGGCAAUAAUGGAUCUACAUUCACAUAUUGCAACUACAGAGGUAAUCGGAAUGUUAGCGGGACACUAUGACCAUGCCAAACGCCAUAUCGCUGUACAGAUUGCCAUUCCCUGUAGCUCUAAGUCAUCCGAUAUUCAAUGUGAUAUGGAUCCGCACUCUUUGAUUGCCGCCAAAGACUUUGCAGUGUCUCAUUCAUUGGAGUUGGUCGGUUGGUACCAUUCACAUCCAAACUUUCCACCCAUACCAUCACUUAGAGAUAUUGAAACACAAUCUGCAUAUCAAAAACUAUAUUUAAAAGAUAAAAUUGAACCAUUUAUUGGUGUGAUUAUCAAUCCCUAUCAUAGUGAAAUCGAUUCAAUCUUUAAGAAUAUAACGAUAUCACAAGAGCUAUCGGAAAACAAGAUGCACAGAAUGCCAUAUGAACUACCGAUGUCUGUCAUUCAUUGCUAUAACUAUAAAUUAUUGUUUGACCAAAUCGAAUCUAUUCAAAAGACAUAUAUCGGUUAUAAAUUCCGUAUGGAUUUAUCAAAGAUAUUUAAAUAUGGUGAUUAUAAACUUAGUUAUUUAGACAAGAUGAUCUCAUCUAUAAGAAGUUGUUUGGAGCUGGUACAAGCACCAGAGUCAAGCGAAGAACAACAAGCAGACUUGAACAAGAAGUUUUUAGAUAGAGUAAGAGUGUUGUUUGCAGGAUUCCUCAAUGCGAACAGUAGUAGCUUUCAACCUUCACCAUUCCCCUCUUCCUCAUCCACAACUCUCUCUUCAACAACAAAAGACGAAAAUAUUAACAAUGAUAACAACAACAAUAUUAAUAAUAAUAAUGAUGAUGAUGAUAAUAAAAAUGAUAAUGAUAAUGAAAUAGAUAUUGAUAUUAAAGAUUCAACAACAACAACAACAACCACAACUACAUCGGCAACAACAAUAACAACAAACAACCUAACUAUACCAAAGAUAUCAGUAGAAGAAAAUAAUGAAAUUAUUGACAGUACUAAUAAUAUUAUUAACAAUAAUCAUGAUAAUUCAAAUAUAAUAAUACCUUCAGCAAUAGUUUCAUCAUCGUCAUUGUUAUUCUCACCGGCAUCAACAUCAUCAGUUCCACCAUCGCCAUUUGCAAACCACCAUCAUCAUCAUCACCAUCAUAACUCAGUUACAAUGAACAUAGACAGUCAUAACGAUGUAGAUUGCCCUGUUGCAAUCGUUGAAGAUUGGUUACUACCUGAAUCAAUAUACAAAGUACAACUCUAA